CCAACUUCUUCUGGCAAUGCAACAGUCCACUACGUUGAGGCCGGAGCACCAACACUUCCAACAAUCCUACUAUUUCAUGGCUUCCCGAGCUCAUCAUAUCAGUAUCGAGACUUUAUCCCUCUCCUCACAGACUCUUACCAUGUUCUCGCCCCCGACUUCCCUGGCUUCGGCCUGACCCAAGUCUCUUCUAACUUCAACUACACCUUCGGCAAUCUUGCAGCAGUGACAUCCGCCUGGAUCGCAGCGUUGAAUCUCACAUCGUUCGCCAUCUACAUCUUCGACUAUGGAGCACCAGUCGGUCUUCAAAUUGCCCUCGAGAGGGAAGACCAGGUCAAAGCCAUCAUCUCGCAGAACGGAAAUGCUUACAACGAAGGCUUUGGCCAGGAGUUCUGGGCUCCUGUAUUCGAUCUCUGGAACUCAUCGAACGGUUCAGCUGAACGAGAGUACCUUGCGAACAACUUCCUGACGCUCGAAGGAACAAAAUUGCAAUACAAUACCGGUGUUCCCGAAUCUGAUCUCGCACUCUUGGACCCCACCGCGUGGCACUUGGACUACCUGCAGAAUAUCGCUGGCGACAAGCAAACCAAGAUCCAGAUCGACCUUUUCUACGACUACCGCACUAACCCUGCCACUCUGUAUCCAAAGGUACACGAAUACGUUCGGAAUUCAAAGGUCCCAAUCCUCGCUAUCUGGGCCAAAGGAGAUCCAGUUUUCAUUCCACCUGGAGCCGAAGCCUUCAAGAGGGAUAAUCCCAAUGCAAUCGUGCAAUUUGUCGACGCUGGGCAUUUUGCGCUGGAAACCAAGAGGUGGGACAUUUCUAGGAUCGUG